CCCUUAAUCUAUCACGUGACUGAGAUCAGCUGACCGUCAGGCGGAAGCGGAUGAAAACAUGGUGGACUCUCUGAGCAGGGUUUCUCCUGCAGACUGUCUUAAACUGUGCCAUCGGGCGGUGGAUGGACUCUGUGGUCGGGAGCCUCCAUGUUGGAAGGACUACAGCGCCACCUGGAGUCUGGAGGAGUGGCUGGAUCUCCUCAGCUCGCUGUCAGCCUUCUUUCGCCUUGCUGUGGGAAACAACAGUUCUGAUGAAGAGGUGAUGGCCGGGCUGUCGGGUAUGAGCGGCGGCGGUCACGCCGAGGCCUUGCUGAGCGUGCUUAGGGCCAGACGAGAAGAGAUCCGGCGCGCUCUGCUGGACAGAACCAACUCCAUCUCUUCUGCUACUCUGCAGGACUUCGACUGGCAGUUAAAGUUAGCGCUCUCCAGCGAUAAAAUCUCAUCCCUGCACACUCCUCUGCUCGCCCUCAGUCUGGAUGUGAGAGAGAACUCAGGCUUGCGCUCCGUUACCAUGGAGAUGAACAGAGACGAGCUGAACACGCUCAUCGGUUCACUAGAGGCUGCUAAUAAGGUGGUGCUGCAGUUAAAAUAAUGACGAGACUUUGGUCCCAUUCAGACUCACCAACAGGAAGAGAAAGACCUCGCAAGGAGCUACACGUCUGUCCUUCAUCCAUGUCUCUAACAUUCAUCCAUUUACAUGCCUGUCCUUCAUCCAUGUCUCUAACAUCCAUUUACAUGUCUGUCCUUCAUCCAUGUCUCUAACAUUCAUCCAUUUACAUGCCUGUCCUUCAUCCAUGUCUCUAACAUCCAUUUACAUGUCUGUCCUUCAUCCAUGUCUCUAACAUUCAUCCAUUUACAUGCCUGUCCUUCAUCCAUGUCUCUAACAUCCAUUUACAUGUCUGUCCUUCAUCCAUGUCUCUAACAUUCAUCCAUUUACAUGCCUGUCCUUCAUCCAUGUCUCUAACAUCCAUUUACAUGUCUGUCCUUCAUCCAUGUCUCUAACAUUCAUCCAUUUACAUGCCUGUCCUUCAUCCAUGUCUCUAACAUCCAUUUACAUGUCUGUCCUUCAUCCAUGUCUCUAACAUUCAUCCAUUUACAUGCCUGUCCUUCAUCCAUGUCUCUAACAUCCAUUUACAUGUCUGUCCUUCAUCCAUGACUCUAACAUCCAU